AUGUUCGGGCUCCUUGCCCGGCCCGACGUGGAGGGCAACGUACUCUACUCCAAGUCGGGCGGCAAACUCCCUUCCGGCGAGAGCCUCACCUACAAGCAGUACUCUCUGGUCAUGCAGAAGGACUGCAAUCUCGUGGUAUACGAUGGCAACGAGCCCAUCUGGGCCAGCGGCACCUACGGCAAGGGAAGCAACUGCUUCCUCACCCUGGAGUCCAAUGGUGAGCUAAUCAUCCAUGGUUACUCUCUAUUUAUUCCAGUUAGCUUCCCUAUUUGGACUAGCGGCAGCACCUCGGUCCAGGGGAGCUACGUUCUCGUUCUCGAAUACGAUGGGGGCCUUCGUGUUUACGGCCCGGCGAUAUGGCCCAUCCCCUCCCAAUCUGCUCAACUAAGGAGCGAUGGAUACGGUUGGCCUGCCGUGAACGACUCCGUGCUGUGGACGGGCGACGUCGCGCCCAUCGGAACCACCAUCGUGAACAGCGUCUACAAGUUGGCCUUGGAGGACAACUGCAACUUGACUCUGUCCGACACCAGCACCAAGAGGGUUCUGUGGCACACAAACACGAGCGACCAUCUGCAUGAUUGCUUCGUGACUCUGGGGGCCACAGGAGAGUUCAGUAUCAAGUACAUGGGAGGAGAGACGCUGUGGAGAAGCGAUAACCGAACCCAGUAUGGGGAAUAUGUCCUUGUGCUUUCCCCGGAUGCUGAUCUUGUUGUCUAUGGCCCGUCGAUUUGGACCGCGGAGAAGUCCGCAGUGGUGGCAGUGGCGGCGAGUGCCGGUGACUCGGUUCCGAGCGGGGAGAAGAUCGCAAUGGUGAGCAAGGAGUGA